CCCUGUAAACUUUUAGCGGUACGGAGUAGAGGCACGUAAGAAAACAGCGUGUUUACAACCACGACUGAAAACCGCAGACCAGAUAAAUUUACUUUAGUAGAAACCAAUCAGAGAACAGCGCUUCUCUCACACGCCUGCAAAUGAAAGGGCAGAUUGUCGUGAAGGCGUGCACAAAGCUGUGAACACAGAUUUUCCAGGCCAGAUGAAGGGUAAACCAGAGAUAAAGACUCUUGAAGCCUUGGACUCCUUCUCCUGCAGUCAGGCAACAAUGGGUUUCAUCAGUAAACACUGGCCAGCAUUCUCAGCCAGUGUCGACUCACCUGUUUCAAACAGCACAGCCAAGCUAGUGCUGGGCAGGUCGUACCCCAGUGAUAUAACAACCUCCUGCAUUCAUGAUCCUUAUUGUCUUUACCUGUAUAAUGGAGUGGAGCUACUGGAAGGGGAGACGGGUAGUGUAAUCCUUAUAGGAUAUUUUGAUCAAAUAGUUGGAAGGAGACAAGUCAGGCUGCUUGAUGUCAUCCAGCCUACAGAAAAGACGAGUGCUACUUUGUUUACCUGCAUAUUGGAGACACUGAAGAAGUUUAAAAUCCCUGCAGCAAAUCUGGCAGUGUUUUAUUCCAAUGAUCCAGACCCUGCAGAGCUUAUUUCUAGCCUGCAAGCUCUGAAUCCAGCUACUGUGUUUCUUUGUAGCCUCACUGAUCUCCCAGGACGAGUUUGUCACAGUGGAAUCAUGACGAUGGAGCUGUCCGAGCAAAUCCAGGACCUUCUCAAAAACAUUCACCAACACUUUACCUCCCUUCCUGCCUCUCUGAAGGAACAACUCAGCAGUAUGGAGGACUCAAACUUCACUGCAUCCUUGACAUCCAGUUGUUCGCUCUUGAGGACAGUAGUCUAUAAAGUGAGCAUACUUUGGCCAGAUUUAGUGCAAUACUUCAAUUCACUAGAUGCUACUGACAAUGUAAAGGAAGUUUGUGGCCUUCUCAAUGAUCAGUGCCUAAAAUUGACCUUCUUGUUUCUUAGUCACGCUCUAAAACCUCUCUGCGAGUUACAAGAAAGCUGGGAUCGUGACGAAGAUUUGAGAAAAGUCCUCCAAGAUGCAUUUGGCUUAGUUCAGCUUUACGCAUCCAGCUACUUGCAGCCUAAAGCCAUGGAACAGUUCCUUGGGAGAAGAAAUGUGCAACCCAAAGGUGACUGGAUGAAACAUCUCCCAAGAGAAGAGGUGAAGCUUGGUGUGCAGGUGACCGAGUAUCUUCGACAGAAUACAGCCAAGCUGACUGAUCCCUUAGAUCUCUUCUAUAAGAGCGCAGUCUCCUUCUACAAGGCAGUCUCUUUCAGUAUUGUCAAAAGUUUGCCACUGUCUGAUUCUGUCCUGAGAACAGUGGCUCUCAUAUUAAGCGCAGAAGGAAAGCUGAAGGUCACUGGAAAAUCUGUAGUUGAUUUAGGUACCGUGUUUGGGGCAAACGAUGAUAACUUGUUAACGGAUGAGUUUUUGGAGUACCAGUUUGCUGAGAGGGAAAACUGUACAGCUCAAACAGUGGAGCAGUACUGGAAGGCGGAGCUGAGGAUAAUGGGAACAAAUUCCAUUUUUCGAAAGCUGAUCCUAAAACUCUUGGCCCUGCCUGUAACCUUGAGAAUGGAAAGCAUUUUUGCACAAGUGUUUAAGAGUGUUGGUGAUGAAGUUCUGCCAAAAAGGGAAGUCUCUGAGGAAAUGAUGCAGGACAAUGAUGAUGGUGAUGAGGAAGAUGCCACUGACAGCAGCUCCUAUAAAAGUGCCCCAUCACACCCUCUCACACCAGAGACACCAGAUGUUAUUGACUUGAGAGAUGAUGAUGAAGUCAUGAUUACAAACAUCACUACCCUGAGCACAGCUAGACAAGCAAGAUGGGGAAAAAAAGGAAAGCCACUUGUUUCAGAUCCGAUAAUAAUUGAUGAUGAAACUGAUGAGGAUCAGAGUGAUGAUGAUGACGAUGAUGAUGAUGAUGAUUCUUCUGAUGAUGAAGCUGAGAAUGAUUCUGAUGAAACUGAUGAUGAUGUAAUGUGGAUUGAUAAUCCAGAGCCAGUUCGCACCUUGGUGGAAGAUAUCACCUCAACAUCUGUCAAAGAGGAAAUGGAAAGCUUGUUCCAGGUCGGAGAGGGGUUUGCUCCAGGGGAGAUGGUGUGGGCGCAGAUUGAUGGCUUAACUAUGUGGCCUGGUCUGGUGCAGGAGUGGACUACAAAGAAGAAAGGCGUGUGUAAGAUUGUGCGGUUUGGGGAUAGCAUGGUCUCCAAGACCCAAGCGGAAAGUCUCCGGCCGUACUCUGCAUUUUCACAGUGCUUCUGCACUAAUUCCUUUGCUACUGUGACUACAUACAAGGAGGCCGUCUUCCAUUCUCUGCAGGUGGCUGCCAACCGCAGUGGAACAGUCUUUUCUCUUGAUUCGGACUCUGACACUGAACUACUCUGUGUCCUGCUGGACUGGGCUUUCGGAGGCUUUAAACCUGCAGGCCCAAAUGCGUUUAAACCACGAGCAAAAUAUAACGCUAUGGCUUCAUUAGAAAACGAGUGCAGGAAGUCUUUCAGUUGGAGCUCAAAAAAAGCCAAAGCAGAGACACGUGUGAGAAAAACUCAGCGUUGCUGGAAAUCUCGGUAUUUGUUCAGCUUGAAAGAGGUGUCCGUCUGUUUGGAGAACAUAUCCAAAUCUGUGGACCUGCAGAAUGGCUGGUUAGACCUGAGGGAUAAAGAAGUUAGCAAAAAGUUGCGUUGGAAGGAGCAUUCUUCACACACUGCACGCUCUGUGAAGUUGCCUCUACCUGACCGUCGGUCUGCUCCCAAAAAGCAAAAAUAUGUCCCCAAAUACAAGGAUCAGAACAAAGACCAAAACAAGAACCUAUACCUCAGAGAACAGAAAAAUAAAGAAUAUAGCAGACAUGAAAUGGUACACAAGGUGUUGGUUGAAGGGAGGAAUAUUGAAGAUUUCUGCCUUUCGUGUGGGACUGGACAUGUUGAGGUCUUGCAUCCACUGUUUGAAGGGAGUCUGUGUUUGAAUUGCAAGAACAAUUUCACAGAGACGCUGUAUCGGUAUGAUGAUGAUGGCUACCAGUCGUACUGCACUGUUUGCUGUGCUGGAUUGGAAGUAAUUCUGUGUGGACAUCAUAGCUGCUGUCGCUCCUUUUGUCUAGAUUGUGUGGAUAUCCUGGUGGGUAAAGGAACGUUUAACAAGCUGAAGGACUUGGACCCGUGGAUCUGUUACCUGUGUGCACCAGAGAGCAGCUCUGGAGCUUUAAAACCUAGAAAUGACUGGAGUAUCCGUGUCCAGAGUUUCUUUGCUAACGACAGUGCCAUGGCCUUCGAGCCACAUCGCGUUUACCCAUCGAUCCCUGCUAACCUCCGUCGUCCAAUCAGGGUCCUCUCAUUAUUUGAUGGUAUUUCCACAGGAUAUCUAGUACUGAGGGAUCUGGGCUUUAAAGUGGAAAAGUAUGUAGCAUCAGAAGUAGAUGAUGAAUCCAUCGCUGUCUCCAUCGUCAACCAUGAAGGAAAAAUCACUCAAGUGGAUGAUGUCCGAAGGAUCACUAAACAGCACAUUGAUGAGUGGGGUCCAUUUGAUCUUCUCAUUGGAGGAAGUCCGUGCAACGACUUGUCGAUUGUAAACCCUGCCCGGAAAGGCUUGUUCGAGGGUACAGGAAGGCUUUUCUUCGACUACUAUCGACUGCUGAACAUGAUGAAGCCGAAGGAGGAUGACCCACGGCCUUUCUUCUGGCUGUUUGAGAACGUUGUGUUCAUGAACACCAGAGACAAACUAGAUAUCUGCCGUUUCCUAGAGUGUAACCCAGUCCUUGUUGACGCUGUUAAAGUGAGCCCAGCUCACAGAGCCCGGUACUUCUGGGGGAACAUCCCAGGAAUGAACAGACCAAUUACUGCCUCUCAGAAAGACAAGCUCACUCUCCAGGAAUGCUUGGAACCUGGGCGCACUGCCAAGUAUGUCAAAAUACGGACCAUCACCACACGCACAAACUCCCUUAAGCAAGGGGCCAACGACAGGGAUUUCCCCAUCACUUCAAAUGGAAAAGAUGAUGGCAUAUGGAUCACAGAAAUGGAGAAGAUCUUUGGAUUUCCCAAGCAUUAUACUGACGUAAAGAACAUGGGCCGUUUGCAGAGGCAGAAGGUGUUGGGUAAAUCCUGGAGUGUUCCAGUCAUCAGACAUCUCUUCGCUCCGCUGAAGGAUUACUUUGCCUGUGAUGAGGUCCUGUCAAAAAAUGGGGAGCUUUAAAAGAUCGGUCACAGAUAUUGACUCAGGAACUGAUUGAUUGUAACUUGUCAUUUUUAAAAUUGUUUUUUUUUUACACUUAAUGUAUAAAAUAAUGCCAAAUGUAUGAGUCAAAUUUAAUGAUUCAAUUUAAUCUACUGUGUCAAAUGUUCAAUAUUUUAUUGUAAUGCCAAAUGAUAUCCCAGUUGUUGCACAUUUGACGUAACUGCUUUGAAUACAGUGAAUGAAAGAGCCAUUUGAAUAAAAUGGGUAACUCUUAAAAAUUGAAA